CCCCCUGGGGACCCUUAAAUCGGUCCAGUAGGGGCCUCCCCCACCCACGUCACAGGGAGAUGGGUGGGGCAGUGGUGACAAAAGCGAUACCCCAAACUUCCCGUUUCUAACCCCAAAAUCACUCAAAGCAGAGGCAGUGGCACGGAUCUCCUCAGGGUGAGUCAGGAUGUGCACCCCACUGCUGGUGAUGCUGGUGACACUGGUGAUGGUGCCUGCAGAGGUCUCUCCCUAUGGCUUCCACAACUGCAUCCAGGCGCCACGGGACCCUGGGCAGUUCCGCUGUAUCCAGCGCUUCCUGAGCACUGUGGGGGCUGCAGUGGGUGACCUCCCCUCCACUGCCACAUCCCUCAACCUCUCUGUCAACAUCUUGCGCCAGGUGCCCCCCGGUGCCUUUGCCCACCUGCCGCGGCUCUACACCCUUGAUCUGACCCACAACCAGCUGGAACUCCUAGCCCCAGGGGCUUUCUGGGGGCUGUCAGCACUGGCUCACCUAGACCUGGCCCACAACAACAUAUCAGUGCUGGCCACAGGUGUGUUCACUGGGUUGGGCAACCUGAGCACACUGCGGCUGGACCAUAAUCCACUACAGAAGGUGGCUCCCAGGGCUUUCCAGCCGCUGGCUGCUCUCAGCACGCUCUGGCUGCGGAGUGGCCGGCUCAGUGCACUGGAGCCCGUGGCCAUGGCUGUGGGGAAUCUGACACACCUAGAUCUGCUCGACCUGUGUGGCAACAUGCUGUCAACACUGGGCCCUGGGCUGCCGCCCACACUGAGGGUCCUGCACCUCUGCAACAACUCCCUGGGAGCUCUUUCAGGGGCCACCCCUGGGGUGAUGCCCCCAGGGCUGCAUGAGCUCGACCUGUCCUACAACAACAUCUCGGACCCUGCACCGCUCUCUCACCUGUGCCUGAACAACCUGACAUACCUGCGCCUGGCUGGGAACCCGCUGGACGUGGUGCAGCUGCUGAGCGUGGCUGGAAUCUCCCCGCGCCAGGUGGACGUGUCAGGGCUACGGGUGGGCAAAAGUGGCCUGGAAUACCUGUGCCAGCAGCUGACAGGACAGCAGCUGCAGAGGCUGCAGCUGCAGCGCAUGGAGCUUACAUCAAUGCCCAAUGGGGCUCUGGCCAAGUGUCCGGCGUUCAGUGCCCUGGAUAUGUCUGGCAACCGGCUGCGGCAUUUGGGCUGCGUAGGGCGGCUGCUGAACGAGGAGCAGCAUGGAGCACUGCGCGAGCUGGUGGCUGAGCACAACUUGCUGCAGCGGCUGCCACCAUGCAGAGAGACCCCGGUUCUGCAGCAGCUGCACAAUGUGUCCCUGCGCUUCAACCGCAUCCUAGUGGCUGGUGCGGGUGCUUUUGACAAUGCACCAGCACUGCGGCAGCUGCGGCUGGAUGUGAACGAGCUGGCACGGCUGGACCGCGAAGCGCUGCGUGGACUCCGCAACCUGCGGCACCUGCGCCUUGACAACAACCUGCUCACUGACCUCCUGCCUGGCUCCUUUGCUGACCUGCACCAGCUGGAAGACCUCAACCUGCGCAACAACCGUGUGGCCGUGCUCUUCCCUGGCGCCUUCAAAGGGCUUGAACGCUUGCAGACCCUUGACCUGGGUGGGAACAACCUGCGGCACUUGGCAGCCAAGGCAUUCCAGGGCCUCCCGCGGCUUUGCCGGCUUUACCUGGACCGCAACCGGCUGCUGGAGGUGAGGGUGGCCGCAUUCCAGCCGGUGCAGGUGACACUGGGUGUGCUGGACCUGCGUGCCAAUGCACUGCGCUACCUGAGCCGACACCUGCAGCAGCUGCCACCUUUCCGCUACCUGCAUAACCUCUAUGACCUGAAGCUGCAGGCGCAGCAGCCGUAUGGGAUGCGUGUGGUCCCACAACGCUUCUUCCAGGGCCUCAGUGCCUUGCGCUCACUCUACCUGUCACAGAACUCGCUCUCAGCCAUCCCCGCCGAUGCUUUCGAUGACCUGGCACAGCUGCGGUACCUGACGCUGGCUGACAGCAACGGCGGGAUGGGCCACCUGCCUGCCGGCAUCUUCAAAAACCUGAGCCGACUGCGCAGCCUGAACCUGGAGAGUGCAGGACUGCGCAGCCUUGGCCCUGAGGUCUUCGGCAAUCUGACACAACUGAAGGAGCUGCGCCUGGCCAAGAACGAGCUGCGUACAUUGGAUGUGACUCUGGCCACCCGCCUCCCCGCCCUGCGCUAUCUGGACCUGCGCAAGUGCCCACUGAGUUGCAGCUGUGCCAAUGCCUGGCUGCCGGCCUGGCUGGCGCGUGGGCCCGUGCAGGUGGUCUACCUGUAUAACUACACGUGUGGUGAGAUGGGUGGGGCCUCUGCAUACCUGCACUGCUUUGACACGCAUGUGUGCUACCAGGACAUGGGGCGGUACCUGUUUGCAGGGACAGCACCAGCUGUGCUGCUGCUGCUGGUGCUGCCGCUGCUGCACCACCGUUGGUACUGGCAGUUGCGCUACCAGCUUUUUCUGCUGCGUGCGUGGGUGCGUGGGCACUGGCGGCGGGAGCAGCGGCGCUACACCUACGACACCUUUGUGUCCUACAAUUCCGGGGAUGAGCGGUGGGUGCUGGAGGAGUUGGUGCCUGAGCUGGAGCGCGGAGCCCUGCGGCUCUGCCUGCACCACCGUGACUUUCGCCCCGGCCGCGCCAUAGUGGACAACAUCGUGGACGCUGUGUACAGCAGCCGGCACACGGUGUGUGUGGUGAGCCGCGGGUACCUGCGCAGCGAGUGGUGCUCACUAGAGAUCCAGAUGGCCAGCUAUCGCCUCUUUGAUGAGCUGCGUGAUGUUCUUGUGCUCAUCUUCCUUGAGGACAUCCCUGAGGCCGAGCUCUCGGCCUUCCACCGCAUGCGCCGUGUGCUGCUGCAGCGCACACACCUGCGCUGGCCCUCUGAGCCCCCUGCACAGCCCCUCUUCUGGGCAAAGCUCAGGUGUGCCCUGAGUGGGGGGGAGGAGGAGGAGGAGAAGAGGGAGAGGGGGGUCAGGGAGGAAGGGUGCCCUGGCAUAUCUGGGGCCCCCGGGGAAGUUCUCCCUCAGGAAAGAAACCUUCUGCCCCAGAAUCACUGUUUUUUAUCUGGGGAAGGUGCCCUGUUGAGUGGGGGUGAAGGCAGCAAGAAAGAAGAGAAGAAAGAGGAGAGGAAGAUGGGGGGCAGGGAGGGAGGCUGCCCUGACAGGACUGGGACCACUGUGGAGGUUCCCCCUCAGAAAAGCAGUUUUCUGCCCCAAAAUCACCGACUUUUCUCUUGGGAAUAUGCUCUGCACAGCGGGGAUGAAGGUAACAAGAAGGAGGAGGAGGAAGAGGAGGAGAAGGCGGGGGAGGAGGAGAAAGGUUGCUGGGAGAGAGAGUGGCUGCUCUAGAGCAACCUCACCCUGGUGUAAUGGGGAUCCCCAGGGACAUUCCCAAUCAAAAAAAUGUAGUUUUGUCCCAAAAUCCCUGGUUAUCCUUUGAGAAAUGUGUAGUUGGUAUGACAGUUAUGAGGAAAAGGGGAAGGAGGAGGAGGAAAAGAGGGAAGCAAGAUGGACCUCAGUGUUCAGAUGCAGCAAAUGCUUCAUCACUCAGUUCCUUUUCCCAGCAUGUGGGAGCUGCAGCUCUUGCACAUCUGGGUCAUCCUCGACACACGCUGCCACAGCUCAAUCAGCUGCUUCUGCCUCUAGUGGCACUCGCAUGGCUGGGAAAUUCUGGUGGCCUAGGGGAGGCACCCACCAAUCCAUCCCGCCACACACCCUCCUGAUUCCCAACUCAGCAGCUCCCGAGCCCCAGGCAGGUCCCUGUGUCGCUCCCGUCUGAUCUCCACCAGCAGCAGGACGCACCUGGCUUGGCUGGCAAACCAGACCAUGCUGCAGGUGUCCAGGCCAGCCAGCGCCACAGGCUCAUGGCCGCGAUCACGGGGUUGUGCCGCCCAGGGAAGCCCUUCCACAAGAGCAUCAGCUGUUGUUCCAGAGCAGGAUGUGGCUCUGCCUGCUGUGUCCCGAGAGACCAAAGCUCCACUCAGCUCUCAGCCCUGGAGCACUCGGGAAUGUCCCUCCUGGGCCCGACCCUCUGGACAGCCAGAGCCCAGCAGUGGCAGGCGCCGGGAACAGCCUUCCCUUACCUCCGGCCAGCGGGCACAUGACGCUGUCGAGAGCCAGCAGUGAGCGAUUGAUGCUGGGCUCUCCCACAGCCCCUCUCUGCAGUCCUUGGUGACCCAGGCUCACUUCAAGCCCACCGGGUCAGUCAGGCUCACCUUGGCUGCAUGCAGAUUCCCAGCAAGGCCAACAGCGGGGUCGGUCCCACUGCUUCACCUGUAUCUGCAAGGAGAGAGAUAGCUGAAGCCAUGGCUCCACACAUCCCUGGGGAGGUUGGUUGGAGCAAGUAGCACCAACAGGACCAGGGCUCUGUGUUUCCCAUGGAAUGGGUCAGUGGAUCACACUGGAAGAUGGGGCAGGAGUAGGAGAGGAACCUGGCAUGCUGUGAGGAUGAGCCAAACACCUGGAGAUGACACAAGGAGCAAAGCCAGGGAAAGAAUCUGGCAGGAAGGGACAGAGUUAUGGAAAAGAACCAGCAACUCCCAUGCUUAGUGGUGAAGGAUGGUACAACUGGUUGGGUUUCCAAGGCUCUGGAAAAACAUCCAGACCCUGGAUUACUCCCCUACAAGUAGCAAUGGAUGAGGCACUAGGUACAGGCUGAAGUGAUAGCCAGAGCCUCCAUCUGCCCAGGCAAGGGUGACAGACCUGCAAAUUCAGGGAAGUACAUGGCUGGAAUUUAAAUCCACUGGCAAGUGUGCACCAAGAAACUGGGGAGCACUUUGACAGUCAGAGUCCUGGGGCGUGUAAUUCCCAACUCAGUGCUGAGUGGGACAGCCCUGGGAUGUUAUCUCAGCAGCUUCCUAGCUUCAUUUCCAGCACUGAUUGGAGCAAUACCACAGCCAGCAGCACUCACCUGGAGGAUGGCAUGGGAGUGGGAGGAGGUGGCACUGGCCUUGGUGUGAUGCUGCGCUGCUUUCUAUUGCCCUUGGCCAACAUGUCUAGGAUCUGCUCUGGUGAUGUGGGCUGGGAGAGAACGGGCACAGAGGUCAGCAUCCCCAGUGCAGCAGCCAGACACCCCAAUAUAAGCAGCCCCAGGCACUUGGGCUGAGGCAUCCUGGAGCACUGCAGGCUCUGUGACAACUUGGGGUCACAUCUGCUGCCAGCCAGGAGCUGUGCAGGUGGCACCCUGGGAUCUUCACACCCCCUGUGUCCCCAGGACAGGAGAGAGAGGAGUGUAGGGGGAGAGGAGGGAAGGGGAGCUUCUUGCAGCUACCCCUGUGCCAGGAGUCACUCCCAGACUGGGCUGGGAUGAGGCAGAGCUUAUCACCCUCCCUACUCCCCUUUAUGGCAGUUUUUCUCCCUGUUUCAGCCUCUUCAAUGCAGCAGAGACAAAAGGAGUUGCCAAACCAGCACUGCUAGGAUGUGGAGUUCACCCUUGAACCUUCCCCUGAACAAGCCCCAUUCUCACAUCACUCCCCAUGAGGUGUUUCUGCUUUCAGACCUUCUCAUUCCUCUUGUUUGCAUCCAUCUUCCCACACCUCUUUGAAGUCUCCCCACCAGCAUGGCCAUUCUAGUUUCAGCCAGGAUAGAGUCACUAAAAUAGAGGUGUUUUGGUUUUCUUGGGUUUUUUGUUGGUUUGGUUGGUUGGUUUUUUGUUUUGUUGGGGUUUUUGUUUGUUUGUUUGUUUGUUGUUUUUU